UUUUCGAAUUUGGAGCCCUAAUUUCUUGAACGAUGACGAUGAUAUCCGAUCUUCCAGAGGAAUUGGUAGUGGAGAUACUUUCUCGGGUUCCAUUGACAUCUCUGAGCGCAGCGAGAUCUACAGUAAAACGAUGGAACGCUUUAUCGAAAGAUAGAUUAGUUUGCAAAGGAGAGGCAAGACAGCAAUUUCUAGGGUUCAUGGUGAUGGAUAUGAGGGUUUGUUCAGUGAGAUUCGAUCUCCUAAACGCUCCAUCUAUAAGGCAAAUAGGUAAACUCGAUCAAUUUCAGAUAUCUGAUGUGUUUCAUUGCAACGGUCUAGUGUUAUGCGUGAUGGAUAACUACUCGAGGCUUGUGGUUUGGAACCCGUAUCUAGGGCAAACCAAAUUGAUCGAAUCCGGGACUGCUCAUUUUCGAAGCUGUUAUUAUAGUCUCGGCUGUGAUUCUUGCGGUAGCCACAAGAUUUUGAGGUUUUUUAAUGACUCUGUCCAAGGUUCAGGCCGACGAGUUCUCAAGUAUGAAAUCUAUGAUGUUAAUUCUUCUUCUAACUCAUGGAGGGUUCUUCAUGUCACUCCCGAUUGGUAUAUAAGUUCUGAUCAUAAGCGAGGCGUUUCUUUAAAGGGAAAUACUUACUGGAUUGCUAUAGAUAGUAGAAGAAACGAGGAAGAAGACCAACUAGAGGAAGACCAAAUAGUGUUGUAUGAUUUCUUACUCUGUUUUGAUUUCACAAAAGAGAGAUUUGGACCGCGUCUGCAACUGCCGUUUAACGAUUUUUUUGAGGUUACCAGUUCUCUAUGUUGUGUAAGAGAAGAGCAACUCGCGCUCAUGUUUCAGCACUCGGGUUUUUACAAGAUGGAGAUAUGGAUGACGACUAAGAUUGAGCCCCAAGAGGUGUCAUGGAGCAAGUUCUUCGCAUUUGAUAUGACUCCAUACGCUGGACUUAAUUGUGCCCUUCGACAUGGGAGUUUCUUUAUUGACAUGGAGAAGAAAGUCGCUGUGCUUUUUGAUCUAACCAUCUUUAGAGACUCCACAAGUCCAAGACGCGACAUUGCCUACAUCAUUGGAGAAGAUGGAUACUACAUGGAAGUGGAUCUCGGAAAAUCUGAAUGCGAUCAUUGUCGCCCAGUUGCCUGCUCCUACGUUCCAAGUUUAGUGCAAAUCGAGUGAGUGAACUGCAUAAGAAGAAGAAGGGUCAACUAUUCCACUUACAUAUUCUAUCUUGUUUCUUUCUUGCUUCUGCUUUUUUUUUUCUCUUUCCUUUUUGCAAUGUGCUUUGAACAAGGCUAGUCAAUUUUUACAAAUAAGUUGAAUGUGACAAUUUCUCAUAUACUUCAUAUUAAUGGUGCUAUUGGAGUUCGGAUAUCUUCUAGAA